AUGUAUCCUGCGUUCAACCGCGUCCAAUCCUUUUGUUCCUCCGAAGAUCUCGUUGUGAGUGAAGCCUUUGACGACUUUUUCGACGUCUGUCGCCCGAAGAAGACCGCAGCCGAGAAGGAAACCCAAAGGCAGAGAUCGCUCGACCUGCAAGCAGAUAUUGAUCGACGCCUUGACCUUGACUCAUGCCCCCCUCGACCCCCCUGUCGUUCGCGUAGGCAGACUUUGGACCCGACCAUGUGCCGGCUCACUGAUGCGGUUGCGGUCGUCGCGAGCUCGGAACCGAGCGCCAGCAACGACGUGGAGAUGACUGAGGAUGCUCAGCCCGCUGCGUCACAGUCUGCAACUCCAGCGGUUGAGGUGACGGCUCAAACUGAGCAGGAGAGCGACGACGACGCUGAUAUGGGCAUGGAUGGUCAGCCUGCUGCAUCGUUUGCCGAUAUCGUCCAGGCCAGAAAGGCGCAGAGGAAGUUGAACAAAAAAGAAAGAAAAAAGAGACAGGCUAAGAAGCCCGCGAAGAAGAAGUCAAGUGGUCCUCUACAUCAGACGGCGGCGACGGCGGUGGCUGCUGCUCCUUCUCUUCCGCCUCCGCCUCCUCCUCCGCUCUCUCCUCCGCCUCCCCCUUCUACUCCUCCUUCACCUCCUCCGUCACCUCCUACUCUGCCUCUUCUUGCCACUAUUGUCACUGGUGAUUAUGGCAAUAACGGCAUGGUGGCGCGGCAGCAAGCCACAGGCGCGGAGAGUCAAUCUUCUUUCACUCAAACCCAAGUGCCGCUGUCUCCUCCACCUCCAUACGCCAGUCCACCUCCCGGCCUUUUCGAAGCAGGCCAAACUCAGUUCGUCCCGACAGAGGUGAAUCCGUCCUGCCUCUCCCCAGCCCCUUCGGAUGUUAGUUCCAGAACACUCUCAGCAGCGGACCCUCCGAUCGUAUCAUUACCCCCGCCCUAUGUCAGUCCAGACUCGGUCGAUGCUAGCCAGGCUUUGGACUAUGAUGACGGGGAAGCAUCAAACUCUAGAGACUUGGAUUCGCUCACAGCGACUCAAGAGUCGGAAAGCACUCGCUCCAUUCAAGAGUCGGAGCCACGAGACUCGUCUACCACUGACGCAAGUACUGUUGUGGUGCCAUUGACCGAAGCAAGUCCCGAUGUGGUGCAAGAUUUCUGUCCUAACGUCUUGGAUUCAUUUGCAGCAACUCAAAGCACGGAAAGUGCUCGGCCACUGCAAGCGUCGAACCCACGGAUUGCGUCACCCACGGACGAGAGUAAUCCAAUAAUGCAGUUGACCGAGACCAACAUCGAAAGCUUGGUAUCAUGCUCCACAGAAUCUGAAGAUUAUCCCGCGAUCACUGGGAACUCGAACAUUCAACAUGACGAUUCAUCGCCUGAGACGCCCGCUGACUUGAUUGCUGCCGAAAACGAUGCUCGCGUGUCGUCAAGUGAGCAGCAGCAGCCGUCAAAUGAUGAAGAACACUGCACGUUGGCCUGCAAAACUUGCGAGCAGGACGCCAAGAAUGCGCAAUGCGAUCAACGUGGCCAGGAGAUUUGUUCCUUCGAAAUUAAUUGCUGCGUGCAUGCGCCAAGAUCAGCGAAUUGUGUCUGUUCUCCUAGAAAAUCAUGCUGUUGUUCACAUUUCAUGUCGCAUUGUCAAUAUGUAAUAUCUGAGAUUGCAUUCGAGUCAGUCGCACCGAGUCCUUGCUCCCCCAAGAACGUCGAAGAGACUAUUCAAGACAAAGCCCAUACGGCCGAGAAACAAGCCGGUGAUAGGGACAAAAUUACCGAUCUGCCUGAAGAAUCGGAAUCAACGGAUAGCCUGUCGACCCAUUUCCUGAAACUCUACCGCGAUCAAGAAUUGGUUGACUUCGGCAUUGAAAUGUUGAUGAAAGGCGAUCCUGACUUUGCUUCUGCCUUGCUGACACAUAGAGUUAUAAUCGCACGAAGCCCGUCACUUGCUGUCAUACUGAAAUUCCCCGCAUACAUGGAAGGGUAUAACCGAAUCACCGCGGUCUUCGGUGAGAAGAUCGGCACCAUGCAUGGUUUCGAGAUGGCUCUCAAAUAUCUGUAUGGUGCGCCACUCUUGGACGAACAUCUUCUCCACCUGAAAACGAUUGAGUUACUGGGAUACACGGAGGCGACAUACGGCGAGCUUUCGUUUCCCUUCGGCAGCGCCAAGGCCGAGGUGGCAUACUCGUAUGCCGUGGCUGGAGCAUGUCUGCAACUGCCGGACGUCAUCAAAGCUGGGGUUGAGCUGACCAUCGCCAUGAUCAGCUGGGAGACCAUUGACGAGGUCCUGCAGUACAGUGUCCGGCCCGCGGACUACCUGAUCACCCUGAAAGCGUUUAUAAGGUUCGACCCCGAGGCGUCGUCGCUCGGGACGCCCACGGCCAGCACGCCCGGAGCACAGGAAUUCAAGAACCGCUGGGCUCCGCAAGUAGUCACGGCCUGUCUGAAGUAUAUGGCCGACCACCUACCACCCAACUUCGAGUUUCACUGCAGCAACUCGAGGCGAAGCACGACCACUACCGCUUCAACGGAUUCUGAAUACACAUGGCCCGACUAUGAAGUUUAUACUGCCUCUUGGAUCCUGUCCUCUCUGCCGUACCCGUAUCUCAACGAAGCCUUCGGACUCCUUCGGGACCGCGGCUUGCUGUCGCUGAAGCUGGCGCGUGCUCUCCUGCUUGAGCGAGAAGUCAACCGCCUCCAGGGGCUCUUGCUUUUGCUCAAGAGAGAAGACUCGACCUUGCAAGAGCAGAUGAUCCCCGAAAUUGAGACCUUGGCGUAUCAAGAGAGGUUGACCGUCAUUUCUCAUGAUCAAGGAACAAGCUCGCCAAACAUCAGCGUGGACAGGGUGUGGGUAGGCUUCCACGCUACUGCGUUGCCCGUUGUGCUCGAAUCGAUCGCCUCUCGACGCCACUGA